AUGGGGCUCGACUACUUGAUGGUUCAUGUCAAAUACAAUCUUCCACCGGCAUUGUUGUUGACAAUUCUCUAUAAACCUUUCUUCACCCGCUUGGAGGUUCACAAAAUUGUGUUACUAUGUACAAUUGCUGUUGUUUGGACAAUUCCAUGGGACUCGUACUUGAUUCGGACUCGAAUCUGGUCGUAUCCUGCGGACUCAGUUCUCGGCCAGACGCUUUUCCAAAUCCCUCUGGAGGAGGUCUUCUUUUUUAUUAUUCAGACUUACAAUACCAGCCUUCUAUAUAUCAUUUUUAACAAACGAUUGGUCCUUCCGUCCUAUCUAUCUGGACCGACUAAGCCCUUGGCCCAGGGUUUAUUUGGUCCUAUAACUCAUAGGACACAGAGAGACUUGGGUACCUUGUUCUUCACUGGGAUCUUGAUUCUGGGAAUUUCAUUUAUCUACAUUGGAGGUGAAUACAUGUAUCUCGGGUUGAUUCUCUCUUGGGUUUCCCCAAUUCUGGUCAUGCAAUGGGUCCUUAUGUAUCGCUUUCUACUUGCACUCCCUCCCGCCAGUGUUUGGGUCCCAAUAGCUCUACCAACUCUCUACCUUUGGGUAGUUGACACCCUCGCGCUGAGAAGAGGAACAUGGGUAAUAGAAAGUGGGACGAAAGUUGAUAUCCAGCUCUGGGAAGGGCUUGAGAUAGAGGAAGCAUUGUUUUUUCUGGUAACGAACGUCAUGGUUGUUUUCGGAAUUGCAGCUAUGCACAAUGCAGCCGCACUGUUCGAAUACAAAGCAUUCAUAUCUACUACUGCUAUGGGUGAUACGCCCUCUAUCUAUCAGCUCAUUACUCUUUUCCUCACAAGCAGCCGCCUUUAUGACACGAAUGUUCUCCAGGAGAUGUCACAAGCUGUCACUCUUCUAAAGCAAAAAAGCCAGAGCAUGUAUUUGGGAAGUGCAAUGUUUGAAGGACAGCUCCGACUAGACCUAAUCGCGUUAUACUCUUUCUGCCGCAAAGCUGAUGACCUAAUUGAUGAUGCACCUGAUCGGGAGACAGCGAAAUACUGGAUUGAGCAGUGUGAAAAGGCAUUGGAAUUGAGGUUUAAGCUGAAAGAAACUGCAUUGGACGAUACGGAAGCCUACCAACUGCUGACGAAAUCAAUACCACAACCGCUACAUGCUGCAGCCCAUCUGCUACCUGCAUCUCGGCUCCCGAAGGAGCCACUUUCUUGCCUGCUUCAAGGCUUUGAAAUCGAUCUAAAGUUUGAUUUCGAGAAAGGUAGCUUUCCUAUUGCUACAGAACAUGAUCUUGAAGUGUAUGCAUACCAUGUUGCCGGUACAGUUGCCAGUCUCCUUCUGGAGCUAGUGUUCCGUCAUCAUCCAGUGUCCAUCAGCGAAGCUGAGCGGUUGCGAGUGAUAUCCGCUGGCGAGGUCAUGGGCAGGGCAUUGCAGUACACUAAUAUCGCCCGGGAUAUUACUCGCGAUGCUGAGAUUGGCCGCGUUUAUAUUCCGAGCUCAUGGCUAGCGGAAGAAGGCCUUACUCCCUCUAUGGUGAUCAGCCACCCUAGAAAUUCUAAACUGAUACCUUUGAGGAGAAGAAUACUUGAAAAGGCCGAUAAAUGCUACUGUGAGACGCAGGAAGCCAUUAGCAAACUCCCAUCAAAUGUUCAAGGCCCCGUGCGAGCGACAGUCACAGCUUAUAUGGAGAUUGGUCAGGUCAUUCGAGAAAAUGAAACGAAGAUCUGGAAUGGUAAACUAAAGGUCUCGCGCUGGAGGCGGUUUAAAAGAGCUUGGCUGGCCAUGUUAUGA